GCUUGAGCUAGGCAGCGAGGCCGACGUCUCUAGCUUCCCGUUCCGCUAGCCUUGAGUUUGUUUUCCAUUCUGCUAGGACGGGGGCCCAGUUGUAAGGGCGCCCGUUCCUGAGGGCUCCUGAUUUCAGACCCUGACGAUAGAAGCACCAGAGGUCGAUCUCUUUGGUCACAAUGGGGCGGCCUGCAAGGAAAGCUGCAAAGAAGGGGAGGGCAGCAGUGACGGGUCAGGUGGUGCCAGUAAGCGACAGUGAUGCAGAGCCAAUGGAGGUUGAAAAGGAGAGCGCAUCAGAUUCCUCCAGUGAGGACGAGGUGGUGGUUGCUAGCGCCAAACAGAAAGCAGCACCACGGAAACGGCCCACUGCAAGGAGAGCGGCUGCUGCAAACAAGAAACAGAAAGUGGUCGUUCAGAAAGAUUCUGGCGGCUCUGAAUCAGAUGGCUCUGAGUACCGGGCCUCUGAAGACGAGGAUGGAGGUUCUGAGAGUGAGGCGGUUGAGGAGUCUGAUGAGGAAGGCUCGCCAGAUGAGGAGCCCAUUGCUCCUGCCAAGAAGGGCCGGAAGAAGAGCGCAAGCAAGAAGGGGGGAGGGAAGAAAGCUGCCAGAAAACCGGCCGCCAAGGGCAAGAAGAAGGCUGCUCCACUCAACCCCCACAACCUGGACGAAGAUGGGGACUACAACGUGUGGGGCGGCAGCGACGAAGAAGGUGUUGAUCCAGACCAAAUGACGCGGCGAUCAGGGCCGCAGCCAAAGCUAGAACCCCCGUCUGAGAUGCUCAUGCCUCUGCUGCCUUUCCAGAAGGAGUGGUUAGCGUGGGCAAUUGAUCAAGAGCGGGGUAGUGUGAAGGGGGGUAUCCUGGCAGAUGAGAUGGGCAUGGGCAAAACGAUUCAGGCCAUCUCUCUCGUGGUGACCGCUCGCCACCUCCACAAGGACUCGCAGCCACCCCCUCUGAGUGCUGCCGCAGUCAGCAAGGCGGGUCAGGCCACCAAGCAAGCGUGUUCGGCGGCCGCCCACCAGCACGCGUCCACAUCAGCAGGCCCGUCCACCAGCGCCCCGCCCCUCCCCAAGGUGAAGGCCACGCUGGUAGUGUGCCCCCUUGUCGCCGUCAUCCAGUGGCGCAGCGAGAUUGCACGCUUCACUGCCCCUGGGAGUUUAAAGGUGCUCGUCUACCACGGCCCCAAGAGGAACAUCGAUUUCGAGGUCCUCUCCCAGUACGACAUUGUGCUGACGACGUACAGCAUCGUGGAGAGUGAGCACCGCAAGAACGUGAUGCCAGACAAGGAAGAGUGCAAGUGGUGCGGCCGCAAGUUUUACCCGGACCGCCUCAAGGUCCACCUGCGCUUCUUCUGCGGGCCCACCGCGCGCAAGAGCGACAAGCUCGCGCUGCAGCAGAAGAAGCUGCCCCGCAACUACAAGAAGUCCGCCGCAGCUACCAAAGGCAAGUCCCCCCUUGAGGAGCCCUUUGAGUUCGAGGACGACCCUAAGGCGAAGCUCAAGGGCAAAGCUGCCGCUUCCAAACCCUCCAAAGCCUCCGGAAAGGGCAAGAAGGCCGCCUCAGACCCCUCCCCCGAGGACGAAGAACUUUCCACCAGCGGAAAGGGGAUGCCGUUUGGUCGCGGCGGCAGGCGGGGCGUGCGGUUCGGGCGAGUGACGUCGACAAAUUUGGCGACGGCGGUGGAGGCGGCGAUCGAUGCGGUGGACGAGGGGCCGGCGGCGAGCACGGAGAAGUCGGGCUUCUCGGCGCUGCACUCGGUGCAGUGGGCGCGGAUCGUGCUCGACGAGGCACACAGCAUCAAGGACCGUCGGUGCAGCACGGCCAAGGCGGUCUUUGCUAUCCAGUCCGAGUUCAAGUGGGCGCUCAGCGGAACGCCCCUCCAGAACCGCGUUGGGGAGCUGUACUCGCUCGUGCGUUUCUUGCGCAUGGAUCCGUAUGCGUACUACUUCUGCAAGAAGUGCGACUGCAAGUCGCUCGACUACCGCUUCGGCAAGGACUGGCGCAAGUGCGACGACUGCGGGCACUCGCCGCUGCACCACUUCUGCUGGUGGAACAAGUACGUGGCCAACCCCAUCAAGAAAUUUGGCUACGUUGGCGAGGGCCGCAAGGCGAUGCUGCGCCUGAAGGCCAAGGUCCUCGACUCGGCCCUCCUGCGCCGGACCAAGGUUGAGCGCGCCGCAGACCUCGCGCUGCCUCCGCGCUGCACGCUGCUGCGCAAGGACGCGUUCGACCCGCGCGAGGCCGACUUCUACGAGGCGCUCUACACGCAGAGCCAGUCGCAGUUCGCCACGUACGUCGACUCGGGCACCGUGCUCAACAACUACGCGCACAUCUUCGACCUCCUGAUCCGCCUGCGCCAGGCCGUGGACCACCCGUACCUGGUGGUCCAUUCCGCGACGGCCCCGCCUGCCUCGGCCGGCCAGGAGAAGGAGGAGCCCAACGACGUGUGCGGGAUCUGCCACGACCCCGCAGAGGACGCAGUGGUGACGGCCUGCAAGCACAGCUUCUGCCGAGCGUGCCUGAGCGAGUUCGUGGCAGGCGCCGGUGGGGAUGCGGAGACCGCUCGAGGGGCGGGCUGCCCGACCUGCCAACGACCCCUCACCGUCGACCUCACAGGAUCGGCGCAAGCAGCAGCGGUAGCGACCGCUGCGAGCAUGAGCAAGAAGCGCACGAGCAUCCUGAACCGGAUCAACCUGGGGGGGUUCCAGACGAGCACCAAGAUCGAGGCGCUCCGCGAGGAGAUAGCGCUGAUGACGGAGGACGACCCGUCCGCGAAGGGCCUGGUGUUCAGCCAGUUCACGAGCAUGCUGGACCUGUGCCACUUCCGGCUGGAGAAGGCGGGCAUCAAGUGCGUGAAGCUGGACGGCUCCAUGUCCAUGGAGCAUCGCGACCGCAUGAUCCAGGACUUCACCAACGACCCCGACGUCAAGGUGUUUCUGAUGAGCCUCAAGGCUGGCGGCGUGGCCCUUAACUUGACGGUCGCCUCCCGCGUCUUCCUCAUGGACCCUUGGUGGAACCCCGCAGUCGAGCAGCAGGCGCAGGAUCGCAUCCACCGGCUUGGGCAAUACAAACCCAUCCAGGUCACCCGCUUCGUCAUCGAGAACACUAUUGAGGAACGCAUCCUGAAGCUGCAGGAGAAGAAGCAGCUAGUGUUCGACGGAACCGUUGGGGGGUCCGCAGAGGCUCUUGGGCGCCUGACUGCAGAGGACCUCGCAUUUCUCUUCUCCAGUUGAUGUGCUUAAUUGCAUCACGCGGUGUAAGUACGAUAGGGUAUGAAAUAUGUGUGGCCGAUGGGCAUGUAGCACCCGAAGAUACAAUUUAGAUGGUCGGUUGCAAAGGCUGUAUACUAAAAACAUAGAGCACUCUACUGAAAACUUGUAGGAAAGGUGUGUUGGAAGCCCCAAAUCCUCUGACAUAUGGUUCUCAUGGUGCGUGGCUAUUAGUUCAAUCGUAAGAUCGUUGUGUGCGUGUCCGGUCGCAUUUCACAAGAAUGGACCGGAAACUGAACCAGUUAUGCACCAUUGGUGACGGUCCCCAGCCUCGUAUCAGGUUUGAGUGCCCAGUUUGUCGGAUGCGCUAGGUACGAACGAAGUAGUAGCCGCUGAGUCGCUACUAGGAGUCCAUAGAUGAGAAACUUGGCCUUUAACUUAUACACGAUCAUGCACCUUCUUUCUUACCAGAUAUCAUGCAAAGUAAUAAUCUCGACUAAUACAAUCCCAUGAAGAAGGUGAAGAACCUGGAAC